CAGUUGUUCAUUUAAAUAGUAUUUGUUAUAAAAAAUAUCUAUAUUUGUUUAAGUUCUCUUUAGAUAAACAGUUAAGUUAUCUAUGUAAAGUUAAACUGUUGGCAAGGAAUUUAUCUAAAGUAUUAUCAGUGUUUUAUUAUUUGUUUUAUUAUUUUUCUUAAGUUACUGUGAGUGUAUAAAGGGUGCUCAAUGUGUUGGCUAACCUAAUUGGAUGUCAGAUUGUCUGUCAACGGAUUCUGUGAGUGUUAUUGGUUGGGUUUUGGAUUUUAAUCCAAUCACAACAUUAGAGGGCGGGACAAUUGAAAAAAGUGUGUGCGUGUCGAACAGGCUACGUACAGAAGCUGGAAGCGUGGUUCAAGUUUCGGCUUGAUUUAUAUUCUCUGACGGUGGUGGAUGCAGAGUUCGCCAAAGGAGUUCAGAGCAUAUGAAAUGCUGCUGAAGGACCAGGACGCGCUCUUGGGGUAUUCCUGUGGGCAUCAGACGGAGAUCCAGAAAGUUCCCGCUGGGAUCCGGGUUGUGUUCACUCAACAUUGAACAAGAGUCCAGUUCCAGUUUGGGUCAAGUUCCUUUCCCUCACUCAUUUCCAAGUCAAUACACCAGAAUCCGCACUGACUGAACCAGGAGGUUGUGAGUACAAAAAAAAAACACUGCACGUGCUUAUUUUGUUUUGCUUUCUAAGUGAAGCGGUCAAUACGUUUUAGACCUCAACGCUCCCGAGCGACGACACAGGCCUGCAACGGGUAUUUUGUUUAUUUAAAAAGGGACAUUUUUUGAGUUUGUAAGUGUUUUUAUUUUCCCAUUUUCUUGUGGAUUUGUGAACUAAGAUUCAUACUUUGUUUUUGAUUUUUGUAUUUGUUUUAAUAACUAAAUUUUCAGUUUAUUUAAACGACACUUCUUGUCUGGAGUUUUUGAAGGUGUUUUUCUUGAAGUUUGGAGACGGUAAACGAGGAAAAGUUUUAAGUUAUUAGAUUUGAAGUAUGUUUGGAAAUUAUUUAAUUUUGACAAUAAUCAACUACAAAACACUUAGAAGUUAAAGGGAUUUGUGACGGCACCAAACCAUAAAAAUCACACCCAGGGCCCCGCCCAUAGUAUUACAGUAUUUGAGUUUUACCGUUUAGUUUAUUACAUGGGACGGGCGCUACAUAAAAUGGAGGCACCGCUGGGAUUUAUUUAAAAUAAUUUUCUUCAAGUUUCAACUAACCCUUUUUGCUACAUUUAAAAGUUUUGUAAUUUUUUCAUUUAAUUAGUUGCUGACUAGUAACAGUGUAGUGUGUGACCAGACUCAAUAUUCACAAUGACACAACUUGAGUUAACGAACUGGUGUCGAGGAGAGGGAGUGGCUUUAGAACAUGCUCUUAUGGUGCAUGGUGUGCCGGAAGAGGAACCCACAGCUAAUGUUGAGGAAACAUUGCAAUCUAUAAAAGCACUUGGCAGAGUGAGAGUUAGAGGGAAAAUGUUUGACUCUAAGAAUCAGACUGUAACAUUGUUGUGUGAAUGUCGGGAAGUCAUAGAUCCUUCUAAAAUUCCCCCCGAACUGAUUCCGCCCACAGGAGAGACCAAGUGGACUAUAGUGAUAGCCCAGUCUGUAGUGAAUGACGAGGAUACUUUCACUGUGAAAUUAGCUCAAUUUCUUCAAGAUGAAGGUAAAACCAUGGAUGAUAUCCAAACAAUGUGUGCUCCUAGUACUGCGUGGAACAGCAGUCCGGAGUCAAUCAUUCGUGCAGUUGGUGAAGUACUAAACCGAUCCACCAAACCCACAGAAAGUAAUAACUAUCGCCGGUUAAAAACUUUCUCAGGAGUAAGCCCUGUUCCAUUAGGUGAGGAGUGUUUAGAUGGCUGGCUUGAGCAGGCAAAGUUAAUGGUGGAAGAAUGUGAAUGUACAGAAAAAGAGAAAAGACGCAGAUUGGUGGAAAGUCUGAAAGGCCCUGCUCUGGAGAUCAUUCAAGCAGUUCGUUUGUCAAAUCCUGAUGCUAAGCAUAGGGAAUACAUUCAGGCUAUCGAAAAUGCAUUCGGAGUUACAGAAACUGGAGAGGACCUUUAUUUGUCUUUUAGGUCACUCUAUCAAAAGUCAGGGGAGCGAUUGUCAGAGUUUUUGCGGCGGUUGGAGCGAUCGCUUAAUAAAGUCAUUCAGAAAGGUGGCUUAACUGGUCGUGCAGCUGAUGAAGUUCGACUCGAGCAGCUUAUCAAAGGAGCAACGGAGUCUGACAUAAUGUUGCUUCAGUUGAAUCUCCGAGAUAGGAGAGACAGACCCCCUACUUUUUUAGACUUGUUAACAGAGAUACGGGUAGAGGAAGACCGUGAAGCUGUAAGGCGUAGUCUACAAAAACCUACACCUCGACCGCGUGUACACACAGUGAAGGUUGAGCAAGAGCCAGAUUUAGAUCUGUAUACACAUACCGAUCUCAAGGCUCAAAUGGAAGAGUUGCAAGCCAAGCUCAAUGAGCAGAGAACCAAGCUGGUUAAACCAGCUACAGAGCAUCAUGCAAAGAAGUUUAAAGAGAGAAAACAAUCAAAAAGUGAAUACAACCCCGAAAUACAGUCGUUGCGUAAAGAAGUAAACACUCUCAAAGAGCAGUUGAGCGUGAUGACUGUAAACUCAGCAUCUAGUGCGCCAGGUUGGACCGAUACUGUUAGAGGCAGAGCAGCUUCAAACACCAAACCUGUCUCCCGAAGAGCGCCAUCCAAGGAUGAGCGUACUGGAUUUUUUUGUUACAGAUGUGGUGAGAAUGGACACGUGUCCGUCAGAUGUACAGCCCCUGAAAAUGCACAGAAAGUGAUCAAAAAGCUCAUACGACAAGUGCGUGACAUUACGACUGAGCAGAAAGAGGGUGAAGGUCCGUCUUUUGAUAUUGAUGAAGUGAAUCAACAGCUUUUAACUCAUUCUCAACAGAAGACAUGUCUAGUUUCUGACCAUGACAACUCUGAUUUGUCUGAGAGUGAACAGAGUGAUGAACAUGUUACAGAGCAGUCAUCUGAGGAUGAACCUCACCACUCUGCUCGUGAGACAGAAACCAACAGAACCGAUUCAGAUGUUGAACCAGAAUGUCCGUCAUCUAAUAGGAAAACUGAUCGUAAGGCAGGUACAUCUAUUAGGCAGUCACAGCGACAAAUCAAGCCGGUAAUUCGCUUGACGUAUGAUAAACCAGGUCAUGCAACAGAGGAACCAGUCACCAUUGUUCAUCAUGGGAUGGUCAUUCAGUUGAACCUAAAUACCCCAUCUACUGAUGUUGACCCAGUGACGGAACAUCGAAUUUGUUCAAAGCAAAUAUCUGGUCAUAAGAACACCCAUGUCAAAACAUCUGGUAAGAAGUUUUGUGUUAGAUGAGGGCAUCUACCCUUUUUAGAAGGGGGAGGAUGUAGCCCGGUCUUAAAAGAAGAAAAAAACAGUUGUUCAUUUAAAUAGUAUUUGUUAUAAAAAAUAUCUAUAUUUGUUUAAGUUCUCUUUAGAUAAACAGUUAAGUUAUCUAUGUAAAGUUAAACUGUUGGCAAGGAAUUUAUCUAAAGUAUUAUCAGUGUUUUAUUAUUUGUUUUAUUAUUUUUCUUAAGUUACUGUGAGUGUAUAAAGGGUGCUCAAUGUGUUGGCUAACCUAAUUGGAUGUCAGAUUGUCUGUCAACGGAUUCUGUGAGUGUUAUUGGUUGGGUUUUGGAUUUUAAUCCAAUCACAACAUUAGAGGGCGGGACAAUUGAAAAAAGUGUGUGCGUGUCGAACAGGCUACGUACAGAAGCUGGAAGCGUGGUUCAAGUUUCGGCUUGAUUUAUAUUCUCUGACGGUGGUGGAUGCAGAGUUCGCCAAAGGAGUUCAGAGCAUAUGAAAUGCUGCUGAAGGACCAGGACGCGCUCUUGGGGUAUUCCUGUGGGCAUCAGACGGAGAUCCAGAAAGUUCCCGCUGGGACCCGGGUUGUGUUCAGUCAACAUUGAACAAGAGUCCAGUUCCAGUUUGGGUCAAGUUCCUUUCCCUCACUCAUUUCCAAGUCAAUACACCAGAAUCCGCACUGACUGAACCAGGAGGUUGUGAGUACAAAAAAAAAAAAA